CUUCUUCAUCUUAUCCCACAUCAGAUCCCUUUACACUACCCUUUAGUAGACACCCUCACUCCCACACUCUUCUCACUCACACCUCCCCUCCUCUCCUCACCAAACAUCCCAUUCACCAUGAAGUCCACUGCUCUCUUCGCUUUCGCCGCCUCUGCCUUGGCUGCCGUCGCCACUGCCCAGACCACCGGCAACACCACUGAGAUGCUCAAGUUCACUCAGCCCAUCGCCUCCACCACCUGGGUUGUCGGUGCCACCAACGCUUCCAUUACCUGGGACACCACUUGCGACGGCCAGUACGACGCCGUCCUCCAGAUCCAGGUCAACGGCCUCCAGCAGCCCGUUUCCAACGGUGUCCUCGGCACCGUUGACUGCACCAAGAAGGGCACCCUCAAGGGCUUCACCGUUCCCGAUGUCGUCUCUGGCUCGUUGUACUCGAUCUUGGUCAAGAACACCAACACCAACAUUCUCUCGUACUCGGCUCUCUUCAGCAUCCUCAACCCUGCCAAGCCCGCCCCUGCAACGACGACCACCACUGUCGCCGUCCCUUCGACCACCGCUGCCGGUAACUCGUCCACUUCCGUCACCGGCACCACUACGACCACCAAGCCCACCGCCACCCAGACCGCCAGCGCCGCUGGUGCUCUCCAGGUUGGCUCCACCGUUGCUCUCCUGGUCGUUGCUGCCGCUGGUCUCUUGCUUUAAAUCAUAUUCGAUAAAAAAAAUUAAUCAUAAUAAAGAAGAAUUUGGAGGUGUAAUAAUCAUUUUUCAUCUUUUUUCAUUUCGAGGAUGG